GCCCAACAAGCGGGCGUCCCGAUGCCGACAUAUGGGAUGCCGCCUCCGGACUUUGCACUGCCAAUGCCAAUGUUGGCGCCUCCACCUCCGCCUCCGCCUACGUCACAAUUCCCUAUGGGAUUUCAGACACCACCCGCUUCAGUUGCCGCACCUGGAGAUGGGUCUGGGCAAGACGACACAACACAUUCGUGGGUCAACAACCUAUUCAACACGCAGAGUCCAGCCGGAGGAGGUGGCUACUCGAACCAUCCAGACGAUGGAUAUGAUUGAUGUGUCGUGAUGUUUAUUUAUGAAACACUUUGCAACACUUGUUUGUGAGACACAAUUUCAGUUUGCAACAACCGUCGAACCUAUAUGUUGAUGUUAAAUUUGUGAAUGUUAUUAUUUAUGUGAGAAUAUUUGUGAUUGUGA